AUGGAGGAGCUGCUGCGGCCGCGCGGUGCAGCGCCGCUGCCGCCCUACGAGACCAAGGAGAAGGCGCCGCCUCCCGCGGAGCUGCGCGGCGCGGAGUUCGUGCAGUUCUACCGCGCGCUGCCGCCCGGGCCGCCCCGCGCAGAGCUCCUCACCCGCCUGGCCCAGGACUUCGGCGUGGAGCACGGGCGCCGCCCCGCGCAGAGCUCCUCACCCGCCUGGCCCAGGACUUCGGUGGAGCACGGGGCGCUGCUGCAGGCCGAGGACCGGCUGCGGUACUACCUGAACCCCCAGUACCGCGGGCUCUUCCAGCACCUGGGCCGCCUCGAGGGCGGGCUGCGCUUCCUCGUGGAGCUCCGGGGCGACCUGGUGGAGGGGCUGGCGAGCAAGGAGGUGGAUGGGCCUCAUGUCAAGGAAAUGAGUGGAGUUCUGAAGAAUAUGCUGUCAGAGUGGUUCUGCACAGGAUUCCUGAACUUGGAAAGGGUCACUUGGCAAUCCCCUUGUGAAAUACUCCAGAAAAUUAGUGAUUCUGAAGCUGUGCAUCCUGUCAGGAACUGGGUUGAUAUGAAGCGUCGAGUUGGGGCCUAUAGAAGAUGUUACUUUUUUUCCCACUGUGCAAUCCCAGGGGAACCAUUGAUAGUCCUGCAUGUGGCUCUGACCAGUGACAUCUCCAACAACAUCCAGGCCAUAGUGAAAGAAGUGCCUCCUUUAGAAACAGAAGAUACAGAGAAAAUCUCAACAGCCAUUUUCUACUCCAUCAGUUUGACUCAGCAGGGGCUGCAGGGGGUGGAACUCGGGACCUACCUCAUCAAGAAGGUGGUCAAGGAGCUGCAGAAAGAACUUCCUCAGAUAAAAGUUUUUUCUACUCUCUCACCCAUCCCAGGAUUCACAAAAUGGCUUGUUGGCCUCCUCUCCCCCCAAGCAAAAGAACAGGGAAGAAAUGAACUUUUUACAGAGUCCGAAUGGCAAGAAAUCUCUGCGAUCACGGGAGACUCUUCCACUGAGACACUGAAAAAACUCUUAAACAACAACGAGUGGGUGAGAUCAGAUAAAUUAGUCGAGGUGCUGAAUCCCCCACUGAUGAGACUCUGUGCCUGGUACUUGUAUGGAGAGAAACACCGUGGUUAUGCCCUUAAUCCAGUGGCAAACUUCCAUCUCCAGAACGGCUCCGUGCUGUGGCGGAUAAACUGGAUGGGGGACACGAGCCCUCGGGGCAUUGGGGCUUCCUGUGGCAUGAUGGUGAACUACAGGUAUUUCCUGGAGGACACAGCCAGCAACAGUGCAGCUUACCUGGGCACCAAACACAUCAAAGCCUCGGAGCAGGUGCUUGCCUUGGUGUCCCAAUUCCAGCAAAAUAGCAAACUGUAAUUAAAAAUUCUGAAAGCUAAGAACGAGUGUUGCUCACCCAUAAAGAGCUGUAAGAAUCUGCAGUGCCUGUAUUUAAAUGAGAAUGUAUUGUAAAGCAAAUUUGCCCAGCACACUACAUAUCUGGAUGGUCAGUUGUCUUGCUUCUGUGGCCAUAUAUUCAAAACCUGACUGGCUCUGCAAGUUCUGGACAUCUGUUUAUGUGCAGGUGGGUUGGAGGUGUGUAGUAAAGGGUGAGUAAAAUUCUCUUAAUCAGUUACAACUCAGCAGUAAUUGAAUGGACAAUACUUGAACCGAGCAUUAUUCUGUUGGUAAUAAACCUGUAUAAACUGUCCUGUAAGGAGCUGCACUUUGUCAUAAUGCUGCUGUAGAUUGUUCAGUACACAAGUACCUGGAAAGGACUGAAUGAAGGUAAAUUGUUAUUCAAAACCUUAAUCUGCAAUUUUAUUUCUAUAAUAUCUAUCUUUUUCACCCUUAGAAAAUUCUCAUGUAAAACCUUUUUAGGUAUUUUCUUUUUUCAAAUGCACUAAAAAUCUCACUGAAUCCUUGCUUUGCUGAAGCAUGGAAAAGCCUUGCAUUAAUGUUCAAAACCCAGGAUCUCUCAGUGCAGCAGGUAUGUUGUGUUGUAUUUCCAUCUUCUGGCUGCUAAAAUAUGCUGAGCAAUAAGGAAGUGUUCAAACAGGAGAGGAGAACAAGAGAGACUGAUACUUGGGGAUCAACUGAGAAGUUUCUAAAUAUGUAUGUUAUACUUUGGCUCUGAUAAUGUUUUAAGUUAACAAAGAGCUUUUUUAAUAAAGGGGUAGGUGUGACCUGUAAAUCAAUAAAAGAGACUUUCUCAAUAAA